AUGAAUUUCUUCAAGAAAGCCCCAACCGUUAAAGAACAACAAAGGCAAAAUGAUCGUGAAUUACGAAAAGCAAGCAGAGAUUUAGAAAGGGAUAAAGCCGCCCUUGAAAGAGAGGAGAAGAAGCUGGAAAUGGAAAUAAAAAAGAUGGCAAAGGAGGGCAAUAAUGCAGGCUGCAAAAUUCUUGCUAAGCAACUGGUUCAAUUAAGAAAUCAAAAGACAAGAAUAUAUUCUGCAAAUAGUAAAAUAUCUAGUGUACAAAUUCACAAUAAAGCUAUGGGUGCCAAUAUAGCCAUAGCGGGUGCUAUGGGAACUACAGCAAGAACCAUGGGCAAUAUGAAUAAAGUAAUGAAUCCACAGCAGAUAGCCAAAGAUAUGGAUGCAUUCAAACAUGCUAGUGCUAAGAUGGAUAUGACAGAUGAAAUGAUUUCAGAUACCCUAGAUGAUAUAAUGAAUGAAUCUGGUGAUGAGGAGGAAACUGAAGGAAUCAUUAACCAGGUUCUGGAUGAAAUUGGCAUUGAAGUCAGUGGAAAGAUGGCGAACGCACCUUCCGUAGGUCGAAAUAAAAUUGGAGAAUCGACAGCUGAUGCCGACAAAGAAAUAAUGGCACAACUUGCUAAGCUGAGGUCCACAUAG